AUGACAAGUAUUAAAAAUGAUAAAAAAAAGAUAGAUUCAGAGAAUAAAAAGCAAAUAUUUAAAUUUACCAUAUCAGAAUAUGAUGGUGAUAGUAAAAAAGAAGUAAGAGAAAAAUAUACCGAUAUAGUUACUCAUACUAUAUAUGUACCAUCAACACAUGUUCAGAUUUUAACAAAAGUUAAUAAAAAUGAUAAUAAUACUUUUCGCGACAAUAGCAAAAAUAAAAAUAAUAAUAAUAAAGAAAUUGAUGUAACAGUUCUUCAUGAAGGAUGUAGCACUACAUGUCAAAUGAUUGAUAAAGAAAUUAUCAGUAAAUCAUUGAUGGAAGAAAAAUGCACCCAAUAUGAAGAUCAGGUAUGGAGUAAUGAUCAGAUACAAAGAAUCAUUAAUCAUGAUGAACGUUUUAAAGAAUUUAUAAAAACUGCCUAUUCUCUGAUGAUCUAUCAUUUAGAAGAGAGUAUAGUUUUUUCAAAAGUACUUGGGAAAAAUAAAUUUUAA